ACACACUCCUUUAUUGUGUUUUUCGUCUCCAUUGCUUGACUACUUGAAGACAAUCUUCUGCGUCUCAUAAGUCCCAAAAGUUUAAAAGAACUUGAAGCAUGUCUGACCACGAAGCUCCUAAGAUCAAUGGAGUAGUAGAACACAAGAUUGGUGAGGAGGUACUUCCGUUUGUGGAAGAUGAGUACGGAGGAGUGAUCGUGGAGAUGAAAACUCCUAUGGAUCCCAAGUGUUUCGUUGCAACGCUUAGAUAUUCGUUCACGCAGUGGCGGUCACAGGGUAAAAAGGGAGUCUGGUUAAAUUUGCCUCUCUCACACGUUAACCUCGUGGAACCUGCGGUUAAGGAAGGUUUCCGGUAUCACCAUGCUGAGCCAACUUACCUGAUGCUAGUUUACUGGAUUCCUGAAUCUGAGAGUACUAUUCCUUCUAAUGCUUCUCAUCGUGUUCGUGUUGGUGCUGUCGUCUUAAACCAUAACAAAGAGAUUCUUGUAGUGCAGGAAAAAUAUGGCCUGCUACGUGGAUCAGGUGUUUGGAAGAUCCCAACAGGUGUAGUUGACGAGGGGGAGGAUAUUUUUGCAGCUGCCACUAGAGAAGUAAAAGAAGAAACAGGCAUCGACACAGAGUUUUUAGAGGUUCUAGCUUUCUGUCAAACCCACGAGUCAUUUUUUGCCAAGUCAGAUUUAUUCUUCAUUUGUCUGUUGAGACCUACCUCCUUUGAUAUUCAAAAGCAGGACUUAGAGAUUGAAGCAGCUCAAUGGAUGCGAUUCGAGGACUCUGCCUCCCAACCUAUAGCACACAAGAACGAGCUCUUCAAAGUGAUUCAUAGCAUUAGCUCAUUGAAAAUGGAGAAGAAUUACAUUGGGUUUUCCAAAAAGCCCAUUACAACUUUCUUCGACGACAAGUUAGGUUAUCUCUACUUGAAUAAACAUGAUAUGAACAAUCCUAUUUCUUAAAUUUCUUCCUACAACAUAAAAUUUCGAAAACACUCAUUAAGGUUCAUCUAGGUAAUAUCGUCUAAGCUAAAACAUAUUCAUCGAGCCGAGCAAAAAGAAAUGAACGAGGUUCAUUUUUCUUUUCCAAGUGAUAUGUUUUUUUUCUUUGAUCAAAAUUCCAAGUGAUAUGUUAAAAUACUUUUUUCUGCAAGCAUAGUAUAUAUGGUAUAUAUAUAUAUAUACUACAUAUACGAAUUGAAGAGACGGGAGAUCGUGAGGAGGAAAUAAGAAGAGAUGGUAUAUUGUUUGUAUUUGAUGAUUGAAGAGCUCAAGACAGUUGUUACACACUUACAUAAUCCGCUAAGCAAAUAAUUUUUUCAAAUACCAACGUAUAAUUUGAUUAACUCAAAUCAAUCAUUGUCUUCGUGGCUCCUUCUUCCAUUCACCUCUUUUAAUAUUGAUGUAGAAGGAGAAAUAGCUAACACGUAAACGUCUAGAAAAUUGAUGUUGAUGCAUUUGAUCAUCUAGUUAAUUUUAAACUAACUGUCAACAAGAAGCUAUUAGUUAUGUGGAAAAUGAGAACAUUUCAUGCAAAAAGAAAAAGAAAUAAAAAAU